CGGCGACAGCGUUGCUACCGUAGAAAGGACUGCAGUCGCGCACGUGUGUCCGUUGAGUGAACGACGCCACGCGGCGAGAGAGAGCCGGUGUCUUUGCUCUGUGCACGUAUAUUUCUUCGCUCUUCUUUGUCGUUUUCACACGUGCAUCAGGCGUGUGCCGUCUCUCGGUAUGCUCGCACCGUUCAGUAAUUUUUCGGCUAUCGACGGACGAGUAUCUCGCGAACAGUAAUUUUGAAAGCGGUGCACACGAUGCCGGACAAAGUCGCGCCAAUGGAGAAGCAAGUUUUGGCGAUCACGAAAGUCAUCAACCAUGAAAACGAUGCGGUGAAAUUGAAAAAAGAACUCGGUUUGCUGGACGGUGUGGCGAUUAUCGUCGGCAUUAUCGUUGGCGCCGGAAUCUUCGUAUCGCCGAAGGGUGUGCUGGAAAAUAGCGGCAGCGUUGGGCAGGCUUUGAUAGUUUGGAUCUUUUCCGGUGUUUUGUCUCUGAUCGGUGCACUAUGUUACGCGGAACUCGGUACCAUGAUCCCGAAGUCCGGAGGCGACUACGCUUACAUCAACGACGCUUUUGGACCCCUACCGGCGUUCCUCUACCUCUACGUGGCAUUGUUCGUGCUGGUCCCAACUGGAAACGCGAUCACAGCCCUAACGUUCGCACAAUACAUCUUGCAACCAGUUUGGCACGGUUGCGUUCCUCCGUACGCGGCCGUGCGACUACUCGCUGCCGUUAUCACAUGCUUGUUAACAGCCAUCAACUGUUACAACGUGAAAUGGGCGACCAGAGUGCAGGAUAUCUUCACCGGAACGAAGAUUUUCGCCCUGGUGAUCAUCAUGGUUGCUGGAUUUUGGUGGCUCUGCAUGGGUCACACGGAAAAUUUUCGCCAUCCCAUGGAAGGAACCAAUACCCAGCCUGGCUACGUUGCUCUAGCCGUUUAUUCAGGCCUGUUCUCUUAUUCCGGAUGGAAUUAUCUGAAUUACGUAACCGAGGAGCUUAAGGAUCCUUAUAGAAAUCUUCCAAGAGCGAUUUGCAUAUCAUUGCCGUUGGUGACUGUGAUUUAUGUCCUGGCGAACAUCGCUUAUUUCGUGGUGUUAACGCAAGAUGAAAUUCUGGCAUCGAACGCUGUCGCUGUCACUUUCAGCGACAAGCUGUUGGGUGUGAUGUCUUGGAUAAUGCCGUUGUUCGUAGCUUGCUCAACGUUCGGGGCGUUGAACGGAGCAAUUUUCGCAUCGUCGCGAUUAUUUUUCGUAGGAGCUCGCAAUGGACAUCUGCCUGCUGCCAUUGCUCUCAUCAACGUGCGAAACUUAACGCCAAUGCCGUCGCUCAUUUUUCUCUGCAUUAUCACCCUGGCACUUCUGAUCAUAGAGGAUGUCUAUGUGCUAAUCUAUUAUGUUAGCUUCGUUGAAGCACUAUUCACUACGCUCUCGGUGUCUGGCCUCCUCUGGCUUCGUUACAAAAGUCCCGAUCGCCAACGACCGAUAAAGGUAUCUAUCGUAUUACCAAUUAUAUUUUUCAUAAUAUGUGCUUUCCUGGUCACAUUCCCCUGCUACGUGUCUCCAUGGGAAGUGGGAGUAGGAGUGAUAAUCAUCUUAUCUGGCAUUCCUAUGUAUUGCAUCUUCAUUUAUUGGGAAAAGAAACCUAAAUGGAUCAUCAGAUCGUCUCACAAUUUCAACAUGAUCUGCGCUAAAUUAUUCAUGUGCGUGCAAGAGGAGAAAAGUGAUUGAUCACCAAGUGCCGUUCUACUAUAAUUAACGUUUACGAUUACUUUAUAAUUAGUUUCGUAUAGAAAUUUCUAUAAUGCGAAUGUGCGCCACAUCGAUCCAUCGAUUUCUUCGUUUAUAAAUAUCGCAAUGACAACCAUGGUUGUUUUAUUACAAGUUAAACAGAUCCGACUUCGAACGAAAGCAUGCCCGACAUUCCAACGAAAUCUACAAACCUAUGUUGUCUCUCGUAGAAUGUAUAAAUGAACGAAUCGAUCGCACACUUGAUCCGUAUUUUUUAUAUACAUGUUACGAACGAUAUAUCCACGAUUUUCAUUGCCUAUAUGUCAAUUGGGCGGUUCAUCGAUCAUACGCAACAACAUUUUCUAAUAAUUCGUAUUCGUAACGAUCGCAUAGCAUAAUUGCUAGAUAUUAGUUGCAUUUAACUAGAGGAGAAUCGUCUCCUCUUUCACUUUCAAUCUCAUCUACUAAAUCUCUCAUUUAUUCAAACUGCUUCGAAGCUAUAGGUAUAACGUGAUAAAUAGAUACACCGAAAAGUAUACGCACAAUGAGAAUCUUAGAAAGUCAAUUGCUCAUUUAUUAUAGAAUUUGUAAAUACGCGUUAAGUAGAAUUAUCCCGGACGAAUAAGAAAAAGUGGGAAAGGGAAAAGCAGAAAAGUAAAGGAAUACGUCAACUUCUCUUUUCAGAUAAUUUCCCUUUGCAUUUAAUUCGUUAAUUUCGUUUUCUUAAUCGCCUUAACGACAAAUUUUAACAACUUUUUAUCGUCUCCGAAGAGACGAUUUUCGUCUCGUUACGCGACCUCUUUGCCUAAAUGAAACCUAUUUUACAACAGAAUUGUUUGCACUAUUAAACGUUUGCACUUUGCACUUUGUCCUCCGUUGUCAUUCUUACGGUUAACCAUUCUUAUGGUUAAACGACACGAUUUAACAAGAAUUCGACGGGAUUAAACGAUAAAUUACGAAUCGACGAAUAGAAAAAGGUUUAAGAAAAAGGAGAAAAAAUGUAGUUUCCAAGGUAAUCGAUACUCUUACACGCUUAAAAAAUUCAAAUACUCUUUACUCUUCAUUUUUCCCCGUAUUCUUCUUUGUUCUUAUAUGAAUCAACGAUUAUUGACCACUUUGUACGUUUAACUACAAGGUUGUUUACCGUGUUCCGUAGAUAAUGCGUGUGUAUAAAAUCACAUAAGACUGCAAGAAGUAUUUGUCUCGCGAUAAUACACGUGUUCCGUAUCGUGCAUUGGCUAAAGUUAAUCGAACAAUGCAUAAAAUAUUCGCCAUCGCGCAAAAACCUAUUUGAUUAAUUCACGGCCGUGCAUUGUUUUAGGUAUCGUUUAAACGCAUUUCACCUAAUCGUAAGAAAAUGUGAAUUUUCCAUUUGUUCGUAAUAAUGAAAAUAAUACGUAUCGGGUAUUAUUUUAUUAAUAGACGCAUAAUAACUGUAAUACAAGCAGUAGAACCGUGUGUCGUAUUUAAACUAUUUAAUUGUACAUACACAGAAUGAAGCGUUAUAAAUUAUUUAUCGCAAUUCGAUCGACUAUGCUGUUCGAUAGGUGGUGAACGCCAUGCACCAGCGUUGGUCCGUAAACCAAUGAUAGUAAGUAGUUCUUGCAUCGAUACGUGUAUGUCUCUUUCGUCUAUCGCACCAUGAUUCUAUUUAGUUACGUUAAAUUAUUUAUAAAAUAUCGAAAAGAGAAAUGAUCAUUAUUCUAUAAUUAACGCGCCGAGAAAGUAUACUUUGUAAUUCACGAUUGUAUUUCUGCUACUACCGUAUGACACGUCUGGUCAAAUAAUGCAUUUAAAAGGUAGGAAAAUUGAACGAUAUCUCGCACACUCGUUAUAUCGAACGAUACCGGUUAUUUUAUAUAAUAUAACAAAGAUAUUUUACAACAAGAUAAUAUUUUAUACCGCUUGUUAGUCGAUCAGCUACUCGUAGACCAACAAAUUCGAUAUUGUAUCGUUAUAAUAACGCCUUCUUAGCAUUUUUUCUAGAGACGUUCCCGAUUUUAACUACGACGCAUAAAUUUCAUUUAGGAUUUAGAUAAUGUGUAUUUUUUAAGAAACAGAAAGCUGUAAUAUGUAAGACACUAGGCCUUUUGAAACACGUCGUAAGCAAUUAAUUGUCAUACAGUGAUAGUAAAUGUGUUCAAAAGGAUAGCGAUCGACCAUGUGCCUUAUGUGUAGCUCGUGUGAAAAGAAUUUUGCGAUUAAAAUUUUUCGAUACGACUACAUUUGUACGCAAAACGUGUUGUUAUAUACUUUUAUAUAUAUUUAAUUACGUUUGUUGCUGUUAAAUUGGUCGUUAUUCGUUUAAUUAGUAGUAACGUUCCGAAUAUGUUAACCGAUCCUGAAUCAUUCUAACGUUAUUUGUUUAAAAAAUAACGAAAAACGUUUUCAUUAUCUUUUAAAAUAAUCGGCGAUCGGAUCGAAGUAACUUUUAGAAAUAAUCGAUUCGAUGAAUUCGCUCGUGUACUACGAAAACUUGAAAUAUUUCGUAUUAAUCGCGCUUGUCGAGAGAUCGAAAUUAAAACGUACCCGAAUGAAAAUGUGAAAGAAUGACGACAAAAGCGUAAGCAACGAAUAUCAUGAUAGGUGUAAUAAACGAUUUAUUAUAGUAACAAAUCUUUUUAUUUAAUCAUUUUCUAGCCGUGAUGCUAGAUAGAUAAUCGUUAAUCGUUACUAAUGUUUUCGAUCGAAUAGCAAACUGGAUAUGAUCUUUCAACUGAACAUCUUUCGCUCAUUUUCAUUUUACGAUCGAUGAUAGAGACGGUAUCAAGUAAAUACAAUAGGACAAUGUACACUAUAUUCGAGUCAAUUUACAAUUAGUACAGAAUGUCUCGCGCACUCAUAUGCAUAUAUGGAAUAACGUUGUUAAUUUCAGAAUACUGAAAAUUAUAUUAUACAGUGCUAUGAAAUACGUUUGGAAAUUGGCUAGCAUAAUAAAAGCUAAACUUAACGCUAUGCUUUCCCUUUUCUUUUUUUUUUUUUUUUUACAAAUGUUAAUCGACGCGAUAUAAAAAUUUAUGCAGGUGUUUGUAGCAUCACAUGUCCAAGGCAAUGAGAGUCGAAACAAAGAAAUACAGUAUCGAGGGACUACGUUUUCUCUUUUUCGCUUAAAAAAUCCGUAGAUGUUACAAAUAUAAAUAACAUGGCUGUAUUAAACAUUUUGUAUUACGCGGUAACGGAAAUUACUCGAUCAUUGUAACGAAUGUCUCAUUCCUUCUAUACCAUUAAAUUCUUAUUCUUACGUUUCAAUGGAACGAAACUAAUUCGCUGGAUGAGACAUUUUUUGGUAACAAGUUAACAAAAAUAUUUGUAAAUAUAUUUAGAUACCCAGGUAAAAGUUAUAAAAUAUUUAUCGUUAGGUUAUGCUUAUUACUCGUAGUAGGAUCAUAAUGGUUUUACCGAUAAUCCAUUCGACGUGGAAUUGGUAAAAUACUGGUUUUCGUAACUAGAUCUCGAGCUUUAUCAUUACCGUUUCCACCUUGCUUUUUCAACUGUCACGUUAUCUGUCAUUUAUAAAAGCAACGUUUAAUGCGAUUAUAACGCAGUUACAUUGUUUCCGGGAAAAGAAAGUACAGAAAGCAUUCGAUAAUUGUACAGAAAGAUGUUCCCCGUAGUUGCACAGUCCUCGUCCCCACUACGGAGUCUGACUACUAAUUCUAUGCUAAUUCAAACGUGAAACUUUAUUGUUUUUCGACAUUUCUUAAUGAAACUUUUGCCAACGUAUUUGGUAGAUGUCUCCGAUCAAAACGAGUGCGACGAACUCGUAGAACCGAUCCGUCCUCUCCGUAUAUAUAACCGUUCAGGUGUCGCCUUUAUUUCCAAGAUAUCGUAAGGUAUCGCUACAGCGUAUUUCUGUUUCUAAUUACGCGUCUGUGGCAGCGUACACGUCGGUAUCGGAUGCCGGCCGAUUAUUCCUCCGUUUGC